AUGUUUAGAAAUAAUUACGACGGUGAUACAGUUACCUUUUCUCCAACUGGUAGAUUAUUCCAAGUAGAAUAUGCCUUAGAGGCAAUUAAGCAAGGUAGUGUUACAGUGGGGUUACGUUCUAAUAAAUACGCUGUAUUGGCAGCUUUGAAGAGAAAUGCUGAUGAAUUAUCGUCUUAUCAGAAGAAGAUUAUUAAAUGUGAUGAACAUUUAGGUCUUUCCUUGGCAGGUCUAGCUCCUGACGCUCGUGUCUUAAGUAAUUAUCUAAGACAACAAUGCCAUUAUUCGCAAUUAGUAUUCAAUAGAAAAUUAUCAGUUGAAAAAGCUGGACAUUUAUUAUCUGAUAAAGCACAACAAAACACCCAAUCUUAUGGUGGUAGACCAUAUGGUGUUGGUUUAUUACUUAUUGGUUACGAUAAUAGUGGGGCUCAUUUAUUAGAAUUCCAACCAUCUGGUAAUACUUUAGAAGUUUAUGGUUCUGCAAUUGGUGCUCGUUCCCAAGGUGCUAAAACUUACUUGGAAAAAGUUAUGGAUAAUUUUGUAGAUCUAGAGGAUCCAGAAGAACUUAUCAAAACAUGUGUGGAAGCAUUAAGACAGUCCUUAAAAGAUGAAACACUUACAACAGAGAACCUAUCAAUUGCAAUUGUAGGGGUAGAUAAACCAUUCACACAAUUUGAUAAUGAGAAGGUCACACCAUACCUUUAA